UGUUUCUCUGUCAGGGUCAAGACGCGGCCGCUGUUAUCCUUCAAAAGGGAGCUAGAAUUAAGCAGAUGUCUUGGGAUCAUGGCUUUCAGAAACAUGAACAGAAAAAGGCAUAUUGGACUGCAACAGCUUUCGGCUUUGGCUGCUACUGGAAGGACCCUUUUAGGACCAGUGAAAUCAUCCAAAUUUAUUGUUGAUGAAAGUGCUCCUGGUGGUGUGUUGAUUUGCUCUGCAGUGAGACUUCUUGAAAGCUUGGAUUUAAGUAGUGCAGCAGGACAACUUCUUAACGAAGCCGUCCAGGCACAGGACAAGGAAUAUAAAACUGGGGCAAAUACCCUAUUGUUUCUUGUUAGCACUUGGAGCAAUGCUGUACUUGAAUGCCUUCAGCAAGAUGUUCCCCUUUCAGUAAUGGUAGCUGUGAUGUCUGAAGCGCUGAACGCUUGCAUUGAACAAAUGCAUUGCAUUGCAUUAUCAUUACACAAUAUACAGCAAAGGCUGGAUGAUGAUAUUCCUAUAGAACAUGGCAAGAUCCCUGUUGACAUUGGUUUGGGCACAUCUGGAAGGCAGAUUAUUGAAAUUAAAACCCCAGGUAUCAAAUCUAACAACAGUGUUUUAACCCCACUUGACCAUCCUUAUGAAUAUGGACAAGAAUCAGAAGGAAAAUCAGAAGGUCCUACCAUGUAUCCAGGGGCAUUUGGAACAGGCAGCACAGCAGAUUCGGAAGCUAAAUCAGUGCAUACCAGUUGCAAAACUGUGAUUCAGAAAAACUGCAUUUUGCAAACCUCUCCUUUAGGUGUAUCAAACCAUAACAAAAAAUCAAAAUUAACCUACAGUAGGUACUUUAGCAGUGAAAGGAAAAGUCAUUCACUGCAGCAAACAGAUCAGCUAGAUAAAUGUAGAAAACAUCCUGAUGGCCUCAAAGAUUUGACACAGCUAGCAAUGUCUCUUAGCCAUGGAAACUGGCCUGCCAUGAAACUAGUGCAGGACGUUCUCCGUUGGCAGCUGCAGACUGCAAACAAAAUGGCAGACACCCAUCCGUUCCAUUUUAAUAUUUCGGAAGUUGUGACGUGUUGUUUACCAGGCAUGGCAGAAAGUCAUGCUUGUGUUCGCCCUGGGUACAUCACUUUAGUAUCCCCAGAGAAAGCUGCUGUUGCAAAGUGCUGUCAGAAUAGAUCUCUUCGUAUUAUUCUUGCAGAUGGUGACCUAACUGAAACCUAUCGCCACUUGGGGUUUAACAAGUCACAGAAUGUGAGGACGUUCUUAGAAAGCACAUCUUAUCCAGACAACAGCUCAAGCUCUUGGGUUGACUGUAUGUUGGAUAUUCUGGUUCAGUCUGGGGUAAAUUUAGUUUUGGUGCAAGGCAACGUAUGUAAAAGUUUAGAAGAAAGAUGUCUGCUGAAUAACAUCGUGAUAAUUAAUCAGGUAGCGCAGAGUGUGUUGGGGGCUUUUAGUGAUAUUACAGGAGCAUCAAGAGUGAGUUAUCUCAGUCAGGUGAACGAACGCUGUAUUGGCAAAGGCAUCUGUAUGAACCUCUAUGGAACUCCAGAGUUAAGUUGGGUGGAAUUGGAUGGCCGAAUGCCAGUGGCUUUAACAGCAAAAGGAAUCCGCCUGGUAACUGUUGUGCUUAGUUGCCCAGUCAUAGCCAAGAUGCAAGCCACUGAAGAUUGCUUUUGGACCUGUGCUUAUCGGGUGCAUCAUGCCCUUCUGGAUCAAGCAGUCUUUCCAGGAGGUGGUGCUGUUGAGUUCCUGUGUCUCAGUUACCUUGAGAGCCUGGGUGAAGCAUCCAAACAUUCCUCCGGAGAGUUUCAUGUGGCCUCCUCUUGGCUUGCAGCAUCUUCAGAACAGUAUAAACCUCUGGCACUUCAGGCGUUGGCACGUGGCUGGCACCAGUACCUUUGUACAGUUUUAUGCAACACUGCAGACUAUACGUCGGAGUUUGAAGCUGGCAUCUUCAUUCAGCAACAUCUCAGAAAAGCAGCAAGGUGUGGCUCACCAUCGGCCUACAUACUGGAUGAGUUUAAGAAGGGGAAGAUGGGAGUAGCAAGCAUUGAACAAGUCGUGACAUCUGACAAGGCUCUCAAAGUGUGUGACAACGUUACAGCUAAGAUGGAAGCGUGGCGUAGAGCACUGGAUGUGGUGCUGUUAGUGCUUCAGACGGAUGCUGAAAUUAUCACAGGCCCUGAGAGGGAUCAGUUGCUGAAAUCCCAGGUCUCAAGCGAGUUCCUGUUUUUAUAGGAAAUUUGUAGGCCUGCUAAUGGCUAUGUCUGUGGACUAUGAAGGUUACUAGUAUUCCUGUGCAAGGCCCAAAGCAUAAAUAUAUUAAGAGAAUUAAAUUCAAACUUCCUGCCCCCUUCUUUUAGAAAUUGAAGUCCAAGAAUGCGCAGUAUCCAACAGGGUCACUUCACCUCUGCUGCUUCCAUUGCGCUCACUGCAGUGACUGCUUGUGCAACUGGGCUUUUGCGCUUCUAAAAAUAACCCCAAAAAUGCUUGUUUCCAGAUCAGGACAGAUAAGCGGAGCUCCUUUCUGCAAGCUCCACUGACCUGCCCUGUUCCAGAAAUAAGUGUUUCUACUUGCUUUGGGUUAUUUUUAGAAGCGUGAACGCCCCAUUGUGUGAGUGAUAGCUCCCGCAUCCACACAGGCACAAUAGAUGCUACCCAGUGACUUUAAUGGCAUAACCCCAUGCAUGUUUAGACGGGGUGGGGAGUCAUACAGCUCCCAGCAUUCCCUAGCCAGCAUGGGACUGGGGAAUGCUGAGAGAUGUAGGACUUUUUUCUGCCUAAACUUGCAUAGGAUUGUGCCCUAAGUCAUGAAAAGACUCAUUUCCAUGCUACUGAUGGAUUUUUCCAGUUCCCAAACCAAUAAAUAUGGUAUGCUUAAAUUUAAGCCCACUUAUUCCCCUGAACUUUAAGAAAACUUACUUCUUUUUAGAUUGGUGUAAAAAUAAAGACAAAGGGUGAAAUCCUAUGUUUGUUUAGACAGAAAGAAGUUUUGCAAUUCCCAGCAAGGCAGGGGAUUGCUGGGAAUUGUAGGACUGGUGGUGAUUUUUCUGUCUAAAUACGCAUAAGCUUGCACCCUAAAAGUUGUACAGAGUGAUUAUGAAAUUGCAGGUUUACAGCCAUUGCUUAUAAGCACGAUCAAAACAUAUAAAUUAUUUUUCAAACUAGAAACAAUAUAUUUUGUAUUUGACUUCCAUGAGCAUUUGUUUUACUGGACUUCUAAAAGGUUUCUCAGUAUUGUAUGUCUUGUUUAAGAAUUUGUAUUUGUCCAAUACAGCAAGUACUAAAUGUGUCAGCCUUGUGUUACCUUAUAUUAAAGUUUAAUCAUGAUUAAGUUCAGCCUAGUCUUAUGAAUGGGCUUCGACCGCAGCAGCAUGAGCUUUUACUACUAUUAGUUUUUCAUUACACUCAGUAGCUCUGCUUAUCUCUUUCGUUCCU